AUGUCAAUGCAAAAUUCAAAUUUCUAAUAAGAGAAUGUCGCAUCAAGUGACUUUUUAUCUGAAUCUUAAUACAAAUAGAAUCAAUCAUAAUAGAAUGAAUAUUCAGGCAGGAAUAGCUAACUCAAAAAAAAUAGCAUAUAGAAAGAAUAAACACCAAUAUAACUUUAAAGCAAAAAAGAAAAUUAAGUGAUUGCAUCAAUUCAAGUUCAAGAAAAUGAUACAAAUUAUUUUUAUAUUUCUAAAAGAUAAUCUGCAAAAUCUUCUUCUUUAGAAAAAAAAUAAACGAUUUAACCUAAUAUAAUUUAAACAGAAGAGCCAUAGCAAUAAACUCAUUUAUAAGUUCGUAAAAAUUCACAACUAAAAAUUUAGCCUGUUUUCUAAGUAAAAAUUUAAAUUACUUAAUACAAUAAUAAUUAUGAAUAGGUAACUGAAUAAUUAUUAACACCUUAAAAUGCUGCUCAAUAAAUGAAGGAUAUUUUCAAGAAGGAAUAAAACGAAUUAAAACCCGUGCAAUUAAUUUAAUCAAAUAUCUUCUAAUCUUAAAGUAGAGAAAUUAUUAACAGAAGAUCAACAAAUCAAAGAAGUGCCUCCGAGUUUAAUCAAGAAAACUCAGAUAUCAGUUAUUAAGAGCAAAAGUUGUCAAGCUAUGAAAUAAAAAUGGGAGUGAAAGAUGACCCAAUGAUGAAGGAAAAACAGGAUAUAUUAUAAGAUAUCCAUGAGAUGCUCAAACAAUUGACAAUUAAAUCAACUAAUAAACGUCAUUCAAUUUUAGAAGAUUCUCUCUAAUUGUGUUUAUUAUUUUUACCGGAAAUCAGACAAUCCGACCAUCAAGUGCAUUCAUAAGGAUUUUAUGAAGAAAUAAAGCUGCGUUACUAGUUAGAUAGGAGUUAUUAGGCAUUUAAAAGAAGAUUUUAUCAUAUGUAACUAUUUGCAGAUAGUUGGACUAUAUAAAAUUUACAGAAGAUGCACUCAAUUUUAAAGAACUCUCAUGAUGUUCAACUAGACUCAUAUCAUAUAAAUUAUAGUAUUAUAAACAAAACGAUUGAUUUUCCUGAUUAGAAUUAUAAGAAGAGAUCACCAGAGAAACCAAAGGUUGUCCAACAAAUAAUAGCAAAUUCAUAGAAUAAAAAGAUUGUGUUGUCAUUAACAACCAAGACUCUGUGUCAGUAUGUGAAUCUGACUGCUAAGGAAAUUGACGAGGACAUUCAAGAGUUUGAUGAUGAACUGAGAUUCAUCGAUAUGAUUCUGAAAUUAAUUCCUCUCGCAUUGUGA